AUGGCGAACAACCUGACAAAACGGGAGCUGAUCGAGCUGCUCGAUUGCGCGAAAAAUAUGCAUUGCAAAGCACCGUGUUAGUGGUAGUCGCAUGACAAAUUUUCUCCGCAUGAAAUCAUAUGAAGGUCUUUCUUUUUCGGGCAUGCCCAUGCUGAUUCACGACCUAUAAAUAGUUGUCUUGCGUGAGUACGAGUACGGUAUUUUUGCAGUGCAUAAGAAACAGCAAGGAGAGAAACAAGGCUGUAAAACUUUUGAAGCGGUUUGACCCGGUGUGGAAUUACCAGUGGGACGACCAUCACCAGAAGGAAAACUUCCAGGUGAAAGAGUUCAACUACAUCAUCGCCUUCUGCUGCGCCCGGUGCGGCAAGGUGAAGCAGCAAAAACAGAAGGUCUUCUGGACCGUCCCCAAGGACGAAUCUGCCGACAAGACGAAAAAGAUCGGGAUUUGCUACCAGUGCUUUAACCAACUGCGCGAAAUGGAGCACACCAACAAACUCCGGGCGCAGCACCAGAAGCAGGGGCUGGUGCCGAAGGGGAUGGGUUUCGGGUUGGUGGAUCACGUGAGCACUCUGAACGGAAUGGCGAAUCAGGGCCAGUACGCCGGGGCGGCAAGCAGUAGUGCUUUCAAAGCGGCGUCGUAGGGAGUGGAGUUUCAGAUUGUACUGCAGCUACGUCGAGCCAGAUUCUGAAUUACACUCUCGUCCUGCUGCGUUAUGACCACUGAUACAGAACUUUUUUGGGCACAAAUAAAUUGCUGUGGACCACUUGUUGUCUGUUUUCUGUAGCUUGUUUGGACGAUAGUCGUGGCGCAAAUCGCUGCAGAACGAAAGUUUUGUGUACUGUUGACUUUGAAGAGUUGUGCUUGGCGAAAAUAGAACUGAUAGCACUAU